GUCGACCGUCAGCCCUAUGUAGAUCGUUCUGCAACCCCUUGCCUUGAAACAGAGCUUUAGGCAUCACUUUAGCGAUGCUUCGCCACGAUCUUCCGACGGGUGCGAUCCUACCUUGGCACUUGAGUAGAAAAGGACUAGCAUCCCCGCUUCUCAGCCUCAUCUCUCUUAUUUCAUCGUGAUGCAGUUUUCUCUUUUUCUUCAUCUUUGAGAUAGAUUAGACGUCUAGAAGUAUGGACGUUAUUCGAUCUCUGUGGCCCGGUGUUGUCGGUGGAGCAGACAGCGCGAGACAGGCCUUUCAAAAUGAAAUAAUCCCCCAACUCCAUUCGGGUCGAUCUAUCGAAACCUUGGUAGCACGAAAAGCAGAUUCCAACGAAACUAUUAAAAUUAUCAUAACAGUUUUUCUAUUUAUUCAAGGUGUUAUCGCCAUACUAACAUUUUUGACCAUCGAAUAUACCGUUUACAAUUUAUUCCCAGUCUUGGCUGCUGUCGAGGACGAUGGUGCUCCCGAAUCUUACGAACCACUGGCUAAUAAGGAUGCCGUGGAGCUGGAAGAGUCUGAAGGAAGUAAGCCCGUGGAGGUCGAUGAAAUCUUAGCUCCGCGACCGAGGCCUACAACUUCAAGCCUCCGUUCUACCUACCGCCAUCUACGCUCCGUCAGCGGCAGGUGGUCCCUCUUCCGAGGCGGGCGAUGCUGGAUGAUCCUUAGAUCGGCCACCGUCACGGCCACUUUCCUUCUCAACCGCAUUCCAUUUUUACCAGCCGCCGUCGCUUGGCCUAUCGCUUCCGUGCUCACCUUGCCUUUGUACGUUGUCUGGACACACAUCGUGAUCACGGAGCCCAAUCAUAGGAACUUCUGGUACCGUUUCCCGCCGCUGGGUCUCGUAUACCGCGCUGUUGCUCGCGCAGCCCUGCCUUACUUCCUCGUCAGGGGGUUCGAGGGCUACAUCGUUUCAACGGUGGUGUUCGCGCUGGUGGGCUGGAAACCGAGCAGGGGCAGUAUCCUGGCCUGGCUGCUCUCCCUCAUCGUGGCGUUCAUUGUCUGGGUCUGUGUUGUGAUCCCUACGCACGCAAUCUUUAUCCGCGUCCAGGCCUCGCUGCUCGCUAAGGAGGAGCGGACCAUCGUACCGCUUCACCGCUCGAUAACAGCGCAUAGGAUCGAGGGGAAGGAGUAUCUGUUUACACUUGAUGCUUGGAGGUCCUUCUCGCGAGCUUCUUGGAGACGGCUGUUUAAGCUGUAUGCUAAGAUCUGCUUGUUCUGCUUUGCGCUGGAAGCUGCUGUGGUUGCGAUUGCGGUUAUUGAGUUCUUGAUUAUAAACCCGAUCGUUACUGGGAAGUAGAAUGGGCGUUGAUGAGUAUAUAUAGGUCCGUAGGUGCGUCAUACAUACACACAUGGAUGUAAAAUUGAGCACAUGAACAUCCACUUGGAGCUAUGACCUUUCAUGACCCUGAGCUUGGCUUCAUCCCAUAAUAUAUCGCCCUAUUCAAUGAUUGCUUGGUCAAUGCUCUUGAGGAGUGACCCGGCCUGGUGGUUCGCACAGUAAAGCAUAUAAAUCUGAAGAGAGUCUAAGUGUAGUAACAAUCCGCGACUGGAUUAGAUAUAAUGGCCGGGUUGGUACGGUGGUGCUUACAAACCGAUUGAAUUGCUAUAGCUCUGACUUCACUAGUGAGCACCAUUUGAGGGUUCGAUUCCCUCGGUGGUCCGAUCAUUUUUUAGGAACUUC